GUACCUUAUCUCCCAUCCUCUUCUUCUCUAAGUUUGAAGCAUUUAUUUCAUAUAGUGAAAAGAGGAGGAGAUGGCCAUGGGAAGGGGCAGUGCAAAGAUGAGCUUUGGAGUGGCUUUCAUUUGCCUUCUUGUUCUUCAACAGUGCUUUGUUAUUUCUCAUGCAGCUAUUUACACUGUUGGAGGUAACAGUGGAUGGACUUUUAAUACUAUGAAUUGGCCUCAAGGCAAGCGUUUCAAGGCAGGAGAUGUUUUGGUUUUCAAAUAUGAUCCAAAGGUGCACAACACAGUAUCAGUGAAUAAAGCAGGAUACAAUGGAUGCACAGCACCAAGAGGUUCAAAGGUGUUCACUUCUGGAAAUGAUAGAAUUAGACUUGUGAAAGGGACCAACUACUUCAUUUGUAGCUUUGCCGGACAUUGCCAAGCCGGCAUGAAGGUUGCAGUCACUGCAUCUUAAGAAUUUCAUAUCUAGUCUUACUUGAACUCCUACUCUAUAUAAAUCACCAUGCAUGCAUGCAUGGGAGGAGAGAUAGAGAGUUUUUACUGUUUUACUUUUAAAUAUAUAAAUAUAUAUAAUGUAAUGUUACUUUGCCGUAUGUAUACGGUAUAGUGUGUGAGAAGAGUCUACUUGGAGACGGUUUAAAUAAAAUGUUUGUUUUGAGAAUA